AUGGGCAGCCCGGUCUCUGGGGACCUGUGUGAAAUGGUGGUACGGCAAUUGGAAAACAAGGUCCUCCCUCAAUACCUCCACAACAUCCAAUUAUAUAGGAGGUAUAUAGAUGACAUCAUCAUUGUCUGGAAAACAACACCAGAUUCAACUACCUUUGUCGAUUCUUUCAACAAUAGCCCGUAUGGGUUGACUCUGGAAUUAGAGCAAUCUAACCCAUCAGAAGUACACUUUCUGGAUAUAAACAUUAAGGUUGAUAGCUCGGGAAUCAAUACGUCGGUAUAUCAUAAACCUGGAUCCACAUCAUCAUAUAUUCCGACUGGGUCAUGUGAUCCGGGCGUAUACAAGACUGCAGCUUUUAGAGCAUUAAUCAGAAGAGCCUUUACGCAUUCAUCUAACAUCCAGGCUCGGGAUACCGAACUAGCCUACAUACUCCGCGUUGCCGCACAACACGGAUAUCACAAACAUAUACAUAGGCUAAUACAACAUCAACAACAUAUAUAUUCGGAGAGUGCGCAAGAAUCGGACCAAAUCGAGGACGGCCGUCUUGAAGAAAUAAAACGUAUCGCCAUCACAUACAAUUCGUACGUAAAAUCUCUAUACGCUAAGCUUGCCAGCAAACGUCAGCUAUGUCUAGCGUUUAGGAGGUGUCCAACCAUUUUCAACCUCUUACGUAAUGGAAAGGACCCUCCCAACCCCAUCAGACGCCCUGGAAUCUAUAGCAUCCCCGUGAAGGACAACAGGUGCGAUAGAGAUCUGAUUUAUAUAGGCUCCACUAAACGAUCUAUAGGAGUCAGAAUACAAGAGCAUCUAGCCGAUAUUCGGCACAGAAGAACUUCCACGGCCCUCGCUACGUAUGUAACCGAUCCGGACAUAAAAGCGAACUUCUCCCAGGCCAUUCUCCUUCACGAUUCGCCUCCUAUUGAACACCUCAAAUGGCUAGAGGCUAUGCACAUAUUUAUAUCCUCCACCACCAACAUGUGCAUAAAUUUUAAAGAGGAGAUGCUGUUAUUGAUGGCCUGGCAGGAGUUAAUUCACAACACGCUCUAA